AUGCCGCCGCAGAUAUCGUACGCUACUACCAAGAGGCCAACGAUCAACGCGAACUCUUCCACGGCCCAGAUGGACCCCGAGCGUCGCAGGGCGAGACUGAAGCCGUCCCGACAACCCUCUCGCCCGCAGUCGGACCCCGCGUCGACUUUCGCGCCUUCGACCCAGUCACUUGACGCGCACAACGUGCAGUUGCUCAGUAUGUUUUCAGCUGGCAACCCGGAUCCUACUGCAAAGCCUGCUGCAAAGAAACGCAAAACGAGUCCGUCUACGGCUGUACCCGUAAACACGUCCGCGACUUCUGCCAAAUCGAAGAGUGCGAGGGCUGGCCAUGGCAAAGGCCGUAAGACCACGCGAUCCGGUUACGCGGUCUCGAAGAUUGACGAGAAAGCCCGCGAUCGUAUGGAACUUAUACCACAUUGCGAUGAGGUCAUCCCUUUGGAGAAGGGCAAAUAUCAUGCCCGUAUAAGCCCGGGCUCAUACGUUCUCGUCACCGGAAAAGAGGAAGGGUGUGAUUAUGAGGAUAAGAGCGGUCGCUCUGAUUUUUGGCUUUGCAAGGUAAUUGAGAUACACCACGAUCCUGUCAAAAAGGAUGUCUGGCUUUUAGUGCAGUGGUACUGGAGUAGGUACGAGUUGCUCGGCCUCCUAGUCGACGAAGAAGACGACGACGUAGAUGACCCGUACGAAGCAAAGCAGAUGGGCAACGCAUGGGAAAGGGCUGAGGGAUCUGAGGAAGACGAGCACCUGGAAUUCGUUAAUAAGAAGUCGGUUUCGGGUAUCAUGCAAAAGGAGAACAUCAUGUUCUUCGAUGACACCUCUUUGCAUCCUGAGUCAAUCCCGGUGGAGGACGUCUUUUACGUUCGCCGGCGCUUCAAUCAGGGGAAGCGGAGUCUUGAGGACAUCCACGAUGUCUCGCUCUGUGCUUUAAGCACGUGUUCCGACCCGCGAUACAGCCCCGACGACUCCUACUCUCAAGUAUACUGCCCACAGCCGUCCUGUCUGCACUGGAUGCAUACCGACUGUAUCGCGGACAAACUCCUGGAGAACCCGUUCUACGCCAACAAAGCCAUGCAUACGCAAGGCUUAUUCAGGUCUACGCCCCUCACACCCGUCGACCCAGAGCCAGAAAAAGAUGAAACCCAGCUCGAAGCUGAAUUGGACGCGGCGUUAUCCGAGCUUAGUGAUGUGCCCAUCGAGGGCGCCGAACUGAGUGAACGCCGAAUCCUGCGCAAUCUCGCCGGUAAACCAAUCGUGCGCCCCACGAGCACUUCUGUUUCCGGGAACAUCGACGAGGUUCUAACCGCACGUCGUUGGAUAUCCAUUGCUCUUCAGGGUGGACUGAACGGUCAAGCCUUGGUGCGGUUGCGCGAAUGGCUCGCGGGGUUUGAAGAGAAGGACGUGGUCAAAGGGUGGCGCGAAGCCAACCUACGGGCGCGGGGCGCGAAGGCUGGCAAUGAUCUCAAUCGCAAGAUGAUGCUUGCCGCCGGCAAGGGAGACGGUCAGCCCAAGCUGAACCUCCGGUUUGACGUGUGCUUCUAUUGCGGUGUACCGAUCUAA